AUGUAUUUUUAUAAUUUACACGGAAAACGUAUUAGUUUUGACGAAGCUGUUAAACUAAGAAGGUUGAAAAACUUUGAACACUAUAACCAAUCCCUGUCGAGAGCAUCAUCAUCUAAGUCAAGUACAGAUCAAUCUUGUAAAUCAAUCAAUACACGCUUGAAUUCACCAUGGGAAUUAGAAUUACAACGAUUUUUAAUUCAAGGUGGACGUAGAACAACUACACCAUUCCUUUGGCGUAAACCAAAACGGAUUGUACAAAGUGCUGGUUCACGUCUAUUACAAGAGUAUACGGCAAAAGAAAGACAGGCCAAUGAAGACACUGAAGUCAGAUCUGAUCUUGUAGCAGGUAGACGUUUUAUUAUCAACCAAGAAUGUGAUCAAGAAGAUGAUGGUGAUGGUGAUGAGUCCUUGAACAUUGAAUUCCACGCAGAUCAUUCUCACCCAUCUAGACGACGUGUAACCAGUACUGAUUGGGGUACACUUCGAAGAAGAUCCCAGAGAAAGAAAGAAAGUUAUUCUGGAAUUAAUAAUGAUCCAAUACAGUACACACUCAGCAGUCGUAUGAAUGACAUUCAAAUAAGCAAGAAAGAUGUGAUAGGACAGAGUGAUCAAGCAAGGCAGGAUGACGCUUCUUUACGUUCUGCACCAACUGUUUCAUCACCGACAUCAUCUCUAUCAAGGCUAUCCUCUUGUGACAACCUCAGUCAUACUGAUGAAUAUUUAGAUGACACAGAUUCAUCGGAUAAAUUAAAACGACAUCUAGGGAAGAAAAUUCCUCCUAUAAAAGCUCUAAAGCGCAUACUCAUUGCUGGUCUCCUGUUACGUGCAACACUGAACCUUAUCAGACCAAUACAAGAAUUGAAAGAUGCUAAAUUACGUAGUAAAAAUGCACAAACUUUUGUUGACUUACAAAAAGAUAUUGAAGAUAGGUUGAGCUCUGAACAACUUGGAUUCAAUAAAUAUGAUUAUAAGAUUAACCGAGAAAAACAUCUAACACAUGAUGCUGUAAAAAUACUCACCAUUCCGAGUAGUUAUCGUACGGAAUCAAUGUUACAUACAGCAUUAGUCGCUGUGACAGCAACUGUUGAAGCCUUCAGUGAAUUCCCCAUAGCUAUGCAAAAUGCAAUUAUACGGAAUGCAUGGUAUGAAAAGUAUGAAGCUAGACGAAUGAUAAUUCGACAAGGUCAACCGCCAUUAAAUUUCUAUUUUAUUGUUUCAGGUACAGUUGUUGUAAGUGUAUCCAGAAAGAAUAAACAAACAGGAGAACCUUUUGAAGAGACUGUAUCCAUUUUAAAGGCUGGACAAAGUUUUGGAGAAUUGGCUUUAAUUUAUCGUAGUAAUAGAAGUGCAACAAUCAUAUGUAAAACAUCAGUAGAAUUAUUGGUUAUGUCACAAGAUGAAUUUAAUAAAAUAUUUUUACAGAGUUCACAUGAUAAAGAAGCUGAGCACAUUUCAUUUUUACGUACAAUCUCAUUUAUACCAUGUCAAGUAAUUGAUCAGUUGUCUUCAGCUGAUGGUUCAGUUUUAUUAUUCACGUAUUUUCGACGUAAUAUGACAAUAUGUUUGGAUAGUAAUCAAAGCAAUUGGAUCUACAUUGUUAAAACAGGCCAGUGUCGUAUUCUUAAAGAUAUUGAAUUAAAGGCUAAAUGCGGAAAGUCAACUAGUGGUAAGGGAGGUAGACCAGAAACUCGUGUUCAGUAUUAUUUCAAAUCAAAUGAAAUUAGGAGUAAAAGGUUGAAGAGCACCACUACUCAAAGUUCACGCAAACAAUCAAAUAGCAAAGAUAAUAAGAUAUUCAUUGAAUUGAAAAUAUUGGAGCCGAAUAGUGUUUUCGGACUGGAAUCCAUUGUCUUUGAACCAUUCGGUGGGACAACUUCAGUUUCGUUGGUCUCAGAUGGUGCAGAAUGUGUAGCGAUAAGUAAAAAAUUUUUUAUUCAACAUUGUCCAACAAAUUUUUUGAAUUGGUUAAGAUCUAAGGUUCAACCAUUUCCUAAAGUUGAAGAAUUAGAAUCAAAGUUAAGCAUUUAUCGUGAAUGGAAAGUUUAUCGAAAUCGUCUACUGGAAGAAAGUACUCGUCAAUUGCAUGAUGUGUAA